UAGACAACCCAGAUAAACCCCAAGUAGAACAAGACGAAGUACUCAAAUCUUGACUUCAUUUUCUUGCUUUUCAAAAUACAUAUUUGCAUUUUAUCUAUGUCUCCUUUAGAGCUGUGGAAUUUAUGAAGGCUUUACCCAGGACAGCGAAAGCUGAAGAUGCUCAGCUCCCCAAAAUGAAGAGGAAAAGAAGAAAAGCCUAUAAAAAAUGGAAAAUCCUGAAUCCCACAGUAUGUGAACCUCAACCUGCUAAUCAGGUAUACCAAAAAAAUAUAAAAGAUCUUGAAAAGGAAGUCAAAGGAGACACCCCAGAAGCCAAGUUUCAUCAGAUUAGGGCGUUAAGGAAAUCUAAGGAAAAUGGAGAUGAGCAUACAUCUGCUUCUGUGAAUGGAAAACAGAAUUCACUUUUCCUCCCUAAAGAUAAUAAACAACUUUCAUCUGACAGCAAAAUAAGUAGGGAGAAGGAGAAUGAUGAUCCUCCAUCAUCCAUUUCUCAUCAACGAGACAAAGUGUUGUCAGUGGCCAUGUUUAAUGACUGUAAAGAAUCAUUAUCAGAAAAAAUCAUACUGCAGGAUUUCCCAAACACAGUAGAAGCCUUUAAACCAGCAAAAGGCAAAAUUAUUACAGAAGUGAAAUGUGGGGCUUUCAGUGUGCAAGUAGAAAUCAAGAAUAGAUUUUUCUGUAAAACAGGAAUGCAGUUCCCAACAAAAAGGAGAUGUCCAAAAUGUCAUCAGCAUUACUUUUCCAGACACAGUCAGAGAAACUAUACUUCUAGAAGCUGCUCUUCUAUAUACAGGAAUAUGUUAGUAGAAGAACUAAAACCUGAGGUGCCAUCUGAAUCUGAAGGAGAAGUUGCCAGAAAAGGGAGACCUUCACUAAAAGUAAGCAUUGUAGGCAAAGAAGUUAAAGUUAAAUACAUGAGUAAGAAACAGAAUAUAUUAAUUAAUAUAGCUUAUCCUAAAAGAAGGGGGAAAAGAGCUAAAUACAGAAACAUUUCCUCCAAUCACACUACUGAAGAAUGUUCCAGGUCUUCUCUACAGUCUGAUAUUAGGUGCCCUGAAAAGUGGAAGCUUGAGAACAAGCAUCAGAGUUCAGACUGUUUUCAUGUCUCUCCUCCUAUUGUGUGUGCCGUCCAGAAGGAGAAGAAUGUUGAUAGAGAGGUGGAGUUUCUGUGCUCAACCCGUGUGAGGGAGAAGACUAAGCCUGACUCACUAUCUUCAGUUUUAGAUGACUGUGAGGUAGAAUCUGCCAUGUCUCAUCAGAAGGACUUUAAAAUUGGUCAGAACAUCCUCAACAAGAAAAAUUUCUCUGAGGUUGAGACUCUUCUCAAAAACAUUCCUCCUAUUUCACAAGGUACCCUAAAGACCACAAGUUUAAGUGAUACAGACUUAAGUAGCAUGCCUUUUGAGGAUCUGAAGGAUGUGGAUAGAGAGAGAAAACUCGUCUUCGAUAUACCAGAAAAUAUCACAUCAGACUCAUGUACACGGCAAAGCCCAGAAGGAAUAAAUUAUUUGCCAAGUGCCAUUACUGACAUCUUCCCAGUUCAAGAUGGCAAAGAUUCUGACUUCUGUUCUUCAUCUUCUCUGAGCAGGCAAGUGGUAGGAGAAAAAGCAGCCAGCACUUAUUGCAAAGGCAGCAAAAUUCCAACUGCAGAUUGUUGUGAGGAAUCAAGUUCUUUAUCUUUGCCUUCCAGUCAAAAUGUUCUGAAGCCUUCCACCUCAUUCAGCCCAUCCCACUGGGCCACCAGACAAUCAGAAGUGAAAGAAGUCCCUGGGGAUACAUUUUCUUUUAAUCAUUGUGCUGAACUUUUGAAAACCUGUGAGGAAAAGCAUAUUGAUAUGACUGACAGAGACUUUAACAAGGCUGCUUUACAUAGUGACUCUCGUACAAACGCACAGCAACUACUGGAAAUGAAGAGUACACGAUGUCCAACUCUCAGUCCUGAAUCCUCCAGCAGCCUCUCUGCCAGCAGCCCACUCAACAGGAACAGCCAUAGCACUGUGGAAUGGAGUCAAACAAAAUCCCAGACAGGUCAUCCAGAGAUAGCAGUGCCCAGCAAAACAACAGAGCUAGUCAUGACCUUAAUAACUGAUGAAUUAGAGCAAAGAUUAAUUAUUCAUAAUGAUAAAGGAGGCACGGUUUAUUCUAAUUGUCCCAUGGGAAUAAAAAAUCCUAAAGACUCACCCAGCUCCCUGGGAAAUGGUGAAAAAGACAAAUUCGAAAUAAUGCCAGUGGUAAAGAAUGCAUGCCAUAGAGAUUUUGAAGGCCUAUCAAAUGAGAACCACAAUGAAGUCUGUUUCCAAAUGGAUUUGCCGAACACCACUGAGUUCAACUGCACAGAAUGUGCUGCAGAUAAUCUGUUUAUUGAGAAGACACUGACCAAUGAUGCAGACCAAUAUGGCAACCAAGAUGACAAAGGCCUCGGACUAACCAGUUUUAAAGAGGAGCCAGCAGAGUACCAAAGGAUUGCAUCAACAAAGCCAGGUUGUGAAGGAGAUAAAAAUGACCCAAAGGAAACUUACUAUCACCAAAUAGACAUAUUGCUGUCGCCUCGGAAGCAGAAAGCCUUGACAGAUUGGAAUCUGGAAAUAAAUAGCCUCCGCAAGGUAUCCCAGGAAUUGGCUCCAAGAGGUACAAGGGCCAGUGAUGGUUCCCAAGAAGAAGCAAUAGACCAGUGGGCCAGAAGGAGGCAGCAAUUCAAAGAUGGCAAAAGAUGCAGCUCAGCAGGGGAAAGUUCAUUUACCAGCAACAUCACCGAAGGGUCCAUCACCUCAGAAGAUGGCUGUUCUGUGGAUCUUGGCUUUCGAGUUGACCUCGAAGAGAAAGGAUUCUACACAGAGAAUUUCCAUUCAGCAGCAUGGGUUUUCCGAGGGGAUGAUGGGAAUCCUGAGGACAGUCCCAGAUGUCUUAGUAAAAAACCCCGACCAGUAGCUGUUCGAGAGCGAACCGUGAGGCUGUUCAAAGGGACUGGUGAUUAUCCCUGGGGAUUCCGAAUUCAAUUCUCCAAACCAAUCGUGGUAACUGAAGUGGAUGCUAACAGCGCCGCUGAGGAAGCCGGGCUCCAGAUUGGAGAUGUGGUGCUGGCUGUCAACGGCACGGAGGUCACCAGUGUGGAGCAUGCAGAAGCCGUGCACCUGGCAAGGAAAGGUCCAGACAUCUUGACUCUGGUGGUGGGAUCUGACAUCAGUCGCUGUCCCAAUACCCCUUGGCCCACCUGCCGCGGCUACUUACAUAAAAGGACUCACUCCGGUUUUGUGAAGGGUUGGAGGAAGAGGUGGUUUGUGCUGAAGCAUGAUGGCUGCCUCCACUAUUACAGACAUAAGAAGGAUGAAGGAAAAUGUUCGCCUCUAGAAGUAAUAAAAUUAGAAGGUGCAGAAGUUGGCAUUGAUAGCAGUUUGGGAAAACCAUUUGUGUUUAACUGUGUGCCUCAGUCUGGAAAUAGAACGUUUUGCUUCUGUGCAACCUCAAACCAAGAAAUGAAAAGGUGGCUGGAGGCCAUGGACAAAGCAAUCCAUCCUGUCCGCCAGAACCAUGUCUGGGAAGACGUUACCCUGCACAACAGUAACCUCCCACCCCUGGCUAUCAAGAACCCAGAGUGCCUAGGCCUUUUGCACCAACUGGACAGAAAUACAGAUAUGUGGGUCCAGCACUACUGCAUUCUGAAGGAUGGCUGCUUGUACUUCUAUGCUAGCAUUCGCUCCACCCAGGCCUCAGGUGGUCUAUAUCUGCAAGGAUACAGGGUGAACGAGCAGAUCCUUAGCUUCAAGCAGUCAGUAAUUGAACUCAAACCUCCAUGUGAAGAGUUCAAGACUUUCUAUUUCUGUGCAGAAAAUAAUACAGAAAACCAACGCUGGAUUACAGCGCUGAAAGCAUCUAUCAAAAAGUGGCUUCCUUUGCAUCAGGCUAUUCAAGACUUCAUGAAUCGACCUCUAGAGGAGACCAGAAUGUAAAAGAAACCCUAAUCUUAAGAGAAAGGACCCACAAAAAUCACUACCAGCCUGUUGUGGGAAGAAACAAAAACAUUUUUUAUUACAUAGCAUUCAACUGAAUGUUCCUCCAAAACAUUAAAAUUUUGUGAUAAUAUUAUCACUUUGUUUUUGAACCAAAGCACAAACAUCUAAUGCGACAUUCAGAAAAUAGAAUAUCUAUCAACACCAUUAAUAUCUCACGUUUCUGCCCCUCAGGCUGCUCGUGUUAGCAUCAAAAAAUAGUAUGUUCCAUACCCAUGUCUUUUGAAAGCAUAAAUUCAAUAAAAGUUAAUUUCUUUUUUGUAUUCUUUGCUAAAUUUUCCAUUCUUUCCUUUGACUGUAGGCUUCCCAGAAUGCCUAUAGGCCAUGAUAUGGGAAGCUGAUAUUUGGAAAAAUUAACAUCAUGGAAAUGAAGUGGCUUAAAUGGUGAAUAAAUAAUACAGCUAAACAAGGUCCUCUCUGUCAGGUCAUCCUACAAUCAAUUAACCCAACUACUUCCCAGGACUUCGCAGAUGAAAGAAAAUAAUAACAAUUAUUGCUAUAAAAAUAAGGAAGGAAGUAGGCUGAAUCUAGGGGAGCAAACUCAAAAAAUGCAUUGUAUGAUUACCUGAAUUAUUACCUGAAUUAUCUGUCACACUGCAAAGGGAAAACACAAAAUGAGUCACGAAUGUCCUGCCCUGGAAGUAACAUUCAGAGAAAUUCAAAAGUAAAUUCUAAGUAGUGACCUCAUUUCUUAGUGGAACAAUCCCAGUGUGGAGCCAUGAUGUUGUGAUGCACUUGGAAGUCCCAUGCCCUUACUAAUGGAAGAAGGAAAACAAGUUUCAGGGAGUUCAAUUGUCAGAUUUAAGUGCUCUGGAACAACUGAAAACAAUAAUAAAAACUUAAGGUCUUGUUUGUUCACAAAAUAAUAGUAUUUCAGAGCUCACAAAGACCUUACAGCUCAACCCCGGUUUAUGGCGAAAUCUCAGGGAGGGAGUUGCCUGUUGAAGAUCACAAAGGUUGUUAAUGAAAGACCAGGAACUGAAUCCGGGUCUUCAUCCCUCCAUCCAGUGUUGUUUCCACUCAUCCUACAGCUCUUCAUUGUUAUAAAGAAUGUGUGGUCUCACAGAGAUAAUGUAAUCACCCACUAUCCGAAGUUGUCCAAUGCUUCUACUCUUUGCCUGAGAUUGGAAACACAUCGAUUCCAGCAAUAAAUCAUGUUUAUAUCUCUACAA